AUGGAUGAUGCACCAUCAAUUAACACUCGUCAUAUUUAUGAUUACGAAGAUAUUGAGUGGGCCGAAAACAGAUCAAAAAAGCUCCACGAUCCAUUAAUAAUGGCGAAGACAAAAGUUGGGAAGUUGAAAAAAGAUGAAACUUCCUCUUCGAAAGCACAGGUUCAAAAAUCCUCCCAAAAAAGGGGUCGAAAAUUUGCUCCUACAAUUUCUCGACCUUCAUUACCUAAGUCUUUGAAGUAUGUGAUCAAAGAAAUUCCAACUCACUCUUUGAAGUUUGGUCCAACAUACAACAUUGAUUUUAUAAAAGAUUUGAAUCUGUACAUGGGUGUCGAGGGUCUCGAGUUGUUUAAAAAUUCUAUUUUUGGGCCAUACCUCGACAUUCAUACCUGCAAUUAUCAGGGUCAAAUAUCAAAAUGCUUGUUGCUUCUUGAGCUUGAGCAGGAUAACAGAAAUGAGCUACAUAUUCGGCAUGCAAAUGGGAACAUAUUGUGUUUCACUAUAAAAGAAUUCGCAAUAAUAACCGGUCUGAAAUGCACAGGCAAUCCCGAUGACUUUAAAUAUUCGAAUUCUACUAAAAGCAGGCUUGUUCAAAGAUAUUUCCCAGAUUUAGUAAAGUAUAGUAGUGUGAGCAAGGGACGAUUUGUUCAACGUUUUCUACAAGGUAGUUGGGACAACAGUCAGGAUGCUUUCCAAAUGGGAAUUCUUUACUUCAUCAACACAUUUGUUUUAUCACAACUCUCUGAUGCAUCUAUCCAUGUUAAUGACUUUCUAAUGGUUGAAGAUGGUAGAUAUCAACAUUUUCCUUGGGGUCAGCGUGCAUUUUUCAGGUUAAUGAAUUCAUGGAGGCAAGAGAGAACCAAAGUAAAACAGAUGUAUCGUUUAGGUGGCAUGCCCUAUGCUCUAAAUGUGUGGGUAUAUGAAUGUGCGUCAGUUAUCAACGAUGAAACUGCUGUUAAAGAGGGAGACUACAUCCCUAGGAUACGCAACUGGCGAGUUGUUGGUGUCAAGCCCAAAUUUGAAAUGUUCAUGUCUAGUAUUUUUACUGAGAAUGCAUGUACCAAUAUACAACCGACUCCUGAGGAAUUGGCGGUACUUGAUUUGCCUGACAAUACACAAGCUAUAUUAGAAGACGUUUUUAAGGAGAACUAG